AUGAAACAACUCCAAAACGAAGAUAAUAAGCGUAAUUCUAAACAGAUUAUAAAUAGCAAUAAUCUUGAUAAUGAACUCCGAUCUAUCCCAUUCAAACGAUAUACAUACCUGAUCAAAUCGGAAACUGAAUACGAAUCCAUCAAACCAUUCUCCUCUAGAUCUCCUCAUCUAACCAGAAAUAUGCAGAGUCAAAUCGUAUGCAGUGGUUGUAGAAGCAUUUUGCUUUACCCUAGAGGAGCUUCUAAUGUGUGCUGUGCCCUGUGUAAUGCCGUUACCUCGGUUCCUCCUCCUGGGAUAGAAAUGGAUCAACUUAUUUGUGGAGGUUGUCGAACAUUGCUAAUGUACACACGUGGUGCUACAAGUGUGAGAUGUUCCUGUUGUCAUACUGUUAAUCUUGCACCAGUUUCUAAUCAGCUUGCUCAAGUAAAUUGUGGCAAUUGUAGAACAACAUUAAUGUAUCCAUUUGGUGCUCCAUCUGUUAAAUGUGCAGUUUGUCACUACAUUACAAAUGUCAAUAUGAGCAAUGGAAGGGUUCCUGUUCCUGUUCCUAUGAGACCUAAUGGAACUACAACAUCAGGAUCAAUGACACCUGUUUCAACAGCAACACCUCACUCUCAUAAUCAAACUGUAGUAGUUGAAAAUCCGAUGUCUGUUGAUGAGAGUGGAAAAUUGAAUGCUGACCUAAUCCUGGGAGUGAUUUGA